UCAAUUCUGCAAGUGGUUCUAAUUUACUAUCGCUGUUCUCUAGCUGGUCUAAAACUGCUUUUGACUUAAAGGGACGCUUUUUGGAUGCCAUGGACUUUUCUCAGUUUCCAGGCAGAAAGAACAGUAAAAAUGCAGCCAGGACACAGGACAAAGCACUAGGGACAAAAUAUAUGUGAAAUGGUUUGCUACAGUAAUGUUUAACUAUGUGAUCUUAUUUUACAACUUUCAAAUUUCCCGCCAGUUCUGUCCCCCUUACGUCCUGACGUUACAGGGGACAGAACCCAGAAGACAGAUGCCGGCAUCCGCCGGAGGACAUUACAGGGGACACUGCAAGAGGGAC